AUGGCACAAUUACCACCGGAGGUGCUUAGCGCAAUUGCGUCGUAUGCCACCCCGGGCGACCUCCUCGUGCUCAGUCGUACGAGCAAGGGAUUGCAGCGUGCAGCUGAGCCACGAAUCUACGAAACCGUGAUCCUCCGCGAUGCGCAGAGCGUUUUCGUAGGCUGCCACGCCCUCCUCGCACGCGAUGCCUAUAGAGGCCCGUAUGUCAAGCGCCUCUUCAUCUACCAGGACGCGCAGCGAGUAACGGGACGCAACAACUUCACCAACGCCCCUCCGCAAAUCUGGCUCGCGAUCCAGCAAACGCUCACAAAGACCGUCAACCUCGAACGCCUCUUGCUGCAUGACCCUACAUGUUCGCAUUCGUGGAUGCUGGACCACGAGGACAUCAAGUUCCAGCUGCGCGAUGCGCAACUGCGUCUUCCGUGGGAUGAGCCGAUGGUCUCGUUCCUGCAAACGCAACACAAGCUGCUUUCCCUGUCCACCGAGGACGCGCGGGAGGACGGCCCGCUCUAUCCGCUUGCGCCCAGCGCGCUGCCCGUCCUGGAGAUUUACAGCGGACCGCUCCUUGUUGUGGCCGAGCUGCUCGGAAGUCCGCUCGUGCGGCUCCAGAUGAAGGCGGACGACGACACCGCGCCGCUGAUACCGACCAUCGUCUCCGAUCUGUCCAGGAUCAUGAAGACGCUCCGCAAUCUGUGCAUCCUUGGGUUGCCGGAGGAGCUCUCGCUCGAGGUCUGGCACCAUUUCCACCGCUGUCUGAUGAAGCUUCCCGCGCUCACGCUGCUCGAGCUCGACGUGACGCACCUGCAACCACGCCCAAACGAAUUGCUGCAGCGCAUGAUCCUCUUCGACCUCCGCAUGUACUGCCCGACAUUGCAGGGAGCCGUCUUCUGGAUCGCCCAGCACCGCUUCCAAUGGUACUGCCGCAACGGACAAUGGGUGUGCAAUCACCAGGGAGCGCGGUCGCAGGUGAACGACGGCCUGUGGCGCACCUACGUCCUUUGUCCGUUUCAUAUCCCUCGCCCCCACGCGCGUGUCCCCAUGUCUUCCUCGUCCGCAUCCUCCUCUCGCUCCCUCGCAUCCUCCCCGGCCUCUUCUCUUUCCUCCGCCUCCUCCGCGUGGACACCCACGUCCCUGCGCCUGAGCACCAUGAACACCUCGGCUACGCGUCCGCCACCGGCGCACCAGCACGCCCCCGCACCGUCGACAAUCGCCUCCCUGCCGAGCCUCGCGCAUUCUUUGUCCUCUUUCCCCACAAUGACCGUCGUCACGAAUGACAUGGUCCACUAUUCCAUGCUCGGCAGCACAAAGGGCGCAAGCGAAGCGAAGCUGAACUCAGCCCUGCGCAGAACGAAGCAACGACAGGAUGCCGGGCCCGGUGCCAAGGUCAGUGCCUCCCAUGUCGUGCUCAGCGCCGGCCGGCCGACUGAAAGCGACUCUACAGGUGUCCGCGUCGAACGCGAACCCCCGCGCGCGGUAUCCCACGCCCGAGGACGACGAGCCGUUCCUCCUGAUCGUUCCCAAGCGGUCUAA